AUGACUACAGCCAAGGAGCAAAAUGCAUCAGGGAAACAAGCCCAACAACAAGAACAGGAGCUGGUGGGGAGUAAUCCUCCUCAAAGAAACUGGAAAGGAAUUGCAAUUGCCUUACUUGUUAUUCUCGUUAUCUGCUCCCUGAUUGUCACCUCUGUUAUACUCCUGACACCAGUUGAAGAUAACAGCUUGUCUCAGAAGAAGAAGAUAACAGUGGAAGAUCUCUUCAGUGAUGAUUUCAAAAUUCAUGACCCAGAGGCUAAAUGGAUAACUGAUAAUGAAUUCAUUUAUAGAAAUCAAAAUGGCACAGUGAUUCUGAGGAAUGUCGAAACUAACAAUUCAACAGUAUUAAUAGAAAACAAAAAAAUUGUCUCCUUAAAGGCUAUUCGAUAUGAAGUGUCACCUGACCGGGAAUAUGCACUUUUUGCUUUUAAUGUUGAACCAGUGUAUCAGCAUUCAUAUACGGCAUAUUAUGUCCUCAGCAAAAUACCUCAUGGGGAUCCCCAGAAUUUGUAUCCCCCUGAGGUCAGCAAUGCAAAGCUUCAGUAUGCUGGUUGGGGUCCAAAAGGGCAACAGCUGAUAUUUAUCUUUGAGAAUAACAUCUAUUACUGUGCCCAUGUGGGGAAACAAGCCAUCCGAGUGGUCUCCACAGGAAAGGAAGGUGUUAUUUUCAAUGGGCUGAGCGACUGGCUGUACGAAGAGGAGAUCUUGAAGACUCACAUUGCUCAUUGGUGGUCUCCUGAUGGUACCAGGUUAGCGUAUGCAACGAUUAAUGCCUCCAGAGUCCCUACCAUGGAGAUCCCAGUAUACACUGGCAGCCUUUACCCUACUGUUAAAACAUACCAUUAUCCAAAGGCUGGAAUGGAAAAUCCAACUAUUUCUUUGCAUGUGAUUGGUCUGAACGGACCUACCCAUGACCUGGAAAUGACUCCCCCUGAUGAUCAGAGAAUGAGGGACUACUACAUAACCAUGGUGAAAUGGGCAACCAGCACCAAGGUGGCAGUAAACUGGCUGAACAGGGCCCAGAACGUGUCUAUCCUGACGCUGUGCGACGCCACCACCGGAGUCUGCACCAAGAAACACGAAGAUGAAAGUGAAGGCUGGCUGCACAGACAGAAUGAAGAGCCGAUUUUUUCCAAGGACGGUCGGAAGUUUUUCUUUGUCCGAGCCAUUCCCCAGGGAGGACGUGGGAAGUUCUACCACAUCGCCAUGUCAUCAUCACAGCCCAACAGCAGCAGUGAUAACUUACAGUCUAUUACAUCUGGCGACUGGGAUGUGACAAAGAUAUUGGCAUACGAUGAAAAGAGGCAUAAAAUUUAUUUCCACAGCACAGAAGAUUUGCCAAGGAGGCGACAUUUAUACAGCGCAAGCACAAAUGGAAACUUCAACAGGCGGUGUCUGUCUUGUGAUCUGAUUGACAACUGUACUUUUUUCCGUGCCUCCUUCAGUCACAAUCUGGAAUACUUCCUACUGACAUGUGAAGGUCCCCGAGUCCCGAUGGUGACUGUUCACAACACAACCGAUGCACAGAAAAUUUUUGAGCUGGAGGUAAAUGAAAAUGUGCAGCUGGCUGUAAAUGACAGGCAAAUGCCUAAGGUAGAAUACAUGGAAAUCAAGAUAGAUGAUUACAAAUUGCCAAUGCAGAUCUUGAAGCCAGCAACCUUUUCGGACACUGCACACUACCCCUUGCUUCUGGUUGUAGAUGGGACGCCUGGCAGCCAGAUUGUAACAGAGAGAUUUGAGGUGACGUGGGAAAGCGUCAUGGUCAGCUCGCACAACGCCAUCGUGCUGAAGUUUGAUGGCCGCGGGAGCGGCUUCCAAGGCACUAAGCUCUUGCACGAGGUUAAGAGGAGGCUAGGCCUUUUGGAAGAGAAGGAUCAAUUGGAAGCUGUCCGGACAAUGCUGAAGGAGCAUUACAUUGAUAAAAUGCGAGUCGGCGUGUUUGGGAAGGAUUACGGUGGCUACCUGAGCACUUACAUGCUUCCAGCCGGUGAAGAGAACCAGGUGUUUGCCUGUGGAGCUGCUCUUUCCCCACUGACAGACUUCAAACUAUAUGCUUCAGCCUUUUCUGAAAGAUACUUGGGCUUGCAUGGAAUUGAUAACAGAGCAUACGAGAUCACCAAAUUAGCACACAGAGUCUCAUUACUGAAGGAACAGACAUUUUUGAUCAUUCAUGCUACUGCUGAUGAAAAAAUCCAUUUUCAGCAUACUGCGGACCUUAUCACACACCUAAUUAGGGCAAAGGCUAAUUACAGCUUGCAGAUUUACCCCGAUGAAAGCCAUUACUUUAGCAAUGCAGCAUUGGAGCAGCAUUUGUACAACUCCAUCGUCAACUUCUUCGUAGCAUGUUUCCAAGUUCAGGACAAACUCCCAAUAGCCCCACUGAAAGAGGAGGAGGACGACGAUUAA